AAAUUCUGUGAAAUAUAUUUCUCUUUCUCUGUGAAUAUCCUCUUUUGAAAUUUGGAAAUGGUAGCGAUUUAUUGAAUUCAUAAAAUGGAUUUUUCGGAGUUAAUCAAAUCCAAAUUCGAAGGAUAUGGAGAGGAAGGGCCUAUAAGAUGUAUAUUUUUUUGUGAAUUUCAUGAUACUGCAGGUCCAAUCAUUUCUUGUGCAGAACCAGAUAACUAUAUAUCGAAGGAAUUAUUCGACAGUAUAAGCGUGUACAUUAUAACGAAAGCAGAAUUGCAAAGAAGUACAAUCACUGUAACACUGGCAGAGCACAAAGUUCUUGGUUUUCCAGUUGGAAUAAUUGAUAAAAAGUAUCCGAGAAAUGCAUUCCUUUUCAAUUUGUGUUUUAUAUGUGAUAGCAGUUCCAGAACUGUACACUAUGAACCUGUAGUCACAAAGUUAGCAGAGUAUCUAACUGCUAUGGAGAUAGAGAGUAGCUUUUUAUCAACAGGCGCCUCUAAAUUGAAACCUAUAUUGAAGCAAGUAUUGGAGGAACUAAACACUAAAGGUGAAUGUGCCCUCAGUCAAGGCCCCAUUGCUACUCAUUUAAAAGUUGUCCGUAUACGUAAUGAUCCCCUACCAGUUGCUGAUCAUCAGGUUCCUAUAUUGAUCAAAGAAUUACCUGAACAACAGUGGGAUUUAACCACUCAACAAGUAACAACAUAUAUCGAUGGAUUCAAUCAUAUAUCAAGAAUUGCAACAUUAUCAAACGUUGAUACCAGUCUGGUUAAAGCUUGUGUUCAAAAUUUGAUAUAUUACGGUGUCGUUGCUCUUGUCCCACUAUUUCAAUAUGGAAAUGUUUAUUGUACAACGCCUAAGUUGAAGCUAUUGGCACAAAAAUUCGAUCUACAGGAGAGAUGCCUUAAGUACGUUGCGUGCAGCCAACGUUCGCUUCCAAAUUUAAGGGAUAUUUUCAGAAUAUAUGCAGCCAUGACUAGAGGAACAACAGUGAAAGACUUAUGCUUGAGAUUCAAUCCUCCCAACUUGAAGAUAAAUGAGAGAAAAUUGGUUCAAUUUGGAAUAUUGGAGGGGCUUAUUAGAAGGGUGCAUAAAUAUCCUGUCCAUCUGGGAGAUCACCCGGAUUUACAGAGGUCUUUGUCAGGCGCUUGUAGCUUGGAUGAAAUUUGUUGUUCAACGAAUAUAAAUACACAAAGGUUGGAGGAUCAGUUGGAGCGUGAUCAUAAUGUUCUACUCUUGUGGAAAUGAGACUCUCAGUGGAAAUGUUCGGUAGUGCAAGCAUGUUAGUAGAUGUGAAAAUAUAAGCAAUUUUACGAGAUUUAAUCAUAUUGUGAUUUUAUUUAUUUUUAAUUGCCAUUGAUUUUGAAAUAUAUCUAUUUUUACACUGUAUU